AUGAUGGGUGAAGAGACUGCCUCGAGACAGCCGGGUGGUGAAUCGCCUGUCUCGCUUGCAAUUGAACAAUGCCCGCUCUGCAACCCUUUUAGAGACUGAGAAUGGGACGUCGACGAUGAAUGCGAUACAAAUGGACGUUUGCGAUGGGAUGAUGUUGAGCGAUUGCAGUAUGGGUCGAGUUCGAGGCGCGUGCGUAUCGCAAGUUGCUGGGCGAGGUGAAGGAGCUCGAGGUGGGAUGCAACGUGGUAGGGGAGUAGCGCACCCCUGCUGCUGUAGCGGCGACGGAAAGCGGAGAAGAAACAAUUGCGAGCUCACGUCUUUACGGCAGAGCAGUAAUUUCGGAAUGGAAAAGUCUCGGGUAGUUAUGGGGCACUUUGGUUUAAGCAGCGGGCGUGUGAGUAAUAGCGCAGGUGUUUGUUGUGGUUUUGUGUCCCAGGUCGCGAGUGGUGCGGGUCUCUCUGAGAGCCAGCCCUGGAGACACGCGCCAAGCAAUGCUGCGGGAACAAGUAGGUGCGUCAUAUUGGGGUCCGCGACAUGUGCCCACAGCGUGCACUACACCAGGUAGACAUGGCCUCACGUUCAUCGUUAUCAGAUUACGGCACGGAUACGAAAAUCAGACCACGUCGCGUGACAAUGACUGCCUGGAGUUUUUGCUAGGCACUCGCGCCACAGAUGAACUAUGCAUGAC